GUGGGCUCCUUACUCUGAUCAUAGUUUUUAAGGCGCUGGUAAGGCGAUGCCUUAGUAACUCCUUGGCGCUGAUGCGGUCUAGAGAUGAGAUUGGUAUUGGCCUCUUUGGUUUUGGCUUCUUUUUCUCAUUUCUCGGCAUAAUUCUUUUCUUCGACAGGGGCUUGCUUGCCUUGGGAAAUAUAUUUUGUUUAUUGGGGGUAGCUCUGUUGCUUGGUUGGCAAUCAACAUGGCGACUCUUUACAAAUAAGAAUAAUUACAAGGGCUCUGUGUCUUUUCUUCUUGGGCUUUUUCUCAUUUUUGUUCGGUGGCCAAUUGCUGGUAUCAUAAUUGAAAUAUUUGGCUGUGUUAAUCUCUUCAGUGUCUUUUGGCCAUCAAUCAAGAUUUUUAUUUUUCAAGUUCCAGUCUUGGGAUGGAUUCUACAGUACCCUUUUAUGCUCCUUGAUCACUUGACGAAAAGGGGCUAAAUGAAAAUCUUUUGGUGCAUGAAACCUGCUAUUGUAGUUAGCUUUGAACAAGGUACUCUAUUUUUCCCUAUUAUCAAUGAAUGGCCACCGUCAGCAACUACUGACAAUCGAGAUGUACUGUAGAAUCAUAGAAGUACGUUGGAGUGUCCCUUUUCUAAAUAAUUUUUUGGUAGUAUGUGUCAGUUUUAUAACAUUUCAUUUCUGUAGUGGUAUCUGUUGUAAAAAAUAUAAGGGCUUUAUGAUGUUAUAUUGAAAUUGAAGUUGUUAAAGCA